ACAGCUUGCUUGUGCUAUAAAGGGCGCCGGCGGAGGGAGGGUAUUGGGGAACGAGGUGAUCGAUAUGACUCGAUCAAGGCCGACGACCACCAUGGGCGGAUCGGUACCAGACCACCACCAGCAGCACGGCGGCGGCGGCGAAGUCGACGGCGUGCAGCUGCAGCAGCACGGCGAGCACGUGGAGACGGUGAUGCCCGGGUUCCGGUUCCACCCGACGGAGGAGGAGCUGAUCGAGUUCUACCUCCGUCGCAAGGUGGACGGCAAGCGCUUCAACAUCGAGCUCAUCGCCUCCGUCGACCUUUACCGCUACGACCCAUGGGAUCUCCCCGCUCUAGCGUCGAUUGGGGACAAGGAGUGGUUCUUCUACGUGCCUCGGGACCGCAAGUACCGGAACGGCGACCGGCCGAACCGAGUGACGCCGUCGGGGUACUGGAAGGCGACGGGGGCGGACAGGAUGGUGCGCGUCGUGGAAGGCAACCGCUCCAUCGGCCUCAAGAAGACACUCGUCUUCUACGUGGGGAAGGCGCCCAAGGGACUCCGCAGCAGCUGGAUCAUGAAUGAGUAUCGCCUCCCACACGGCGAAACCGAACGAUACCAGAAGGAAAUUUCGCUCUGCCGGGUCUAUAAACGCCCAGGGAUCGACGACAACUUCCACCUCAUCGGCACAACAACACGAUCGUCCGGCUCAAAGGCCACAACAACGAAGCACACCACAACAGGACAUAGGGCUGCGGCAGCGGUGGCGCACCGCCGCCAGCCGCCAAUGUUCGUGGACGGCGGCAGCCACCAGUCAUCAUCCGCUCUCAAGUCAUACAACACUCACGCUACCGGGGGGACGAACAUGUCCCUGUCUGCAGCAGUGGCAGGGGCGACACCACCGUCAGUAAUGUUCCGGUCGACGGCUUCCUCCCUGAGUUCUAUCACAUCGACGGAGGAGGACGGAACGUCAAUCUACCACCACCUCAAGGGACCAAACAACCCAGCAGCAAUGCAUCUGCCUUCUUCCACGCACGCUUCCCUGCUCAACACAAGCUCCUCGGCAAUGGCAACCAUCCCAAUCGACGAGCUGAGUAGGGCGAUCGGAACUUACACCCAUGCUGCAAGCCCUAACCAGCCAACGCCGCCAUUUCAAGGCCCAUUGCUUAACUUCCCUAGCUUGGAGAAGAUAUGGGAUUGGAACCCUCUACUAGAAUCUCCCAAGGUUUCCACAAGCUUCAAAUAACUUGGAUUCUUGUUGCAUGCAUGGAUCGAUGCUCUUAUUAUAUAGGAGUAUAUGCUCCCAUUAUAUGUAAACUUAUGUAUAUGUACUAUAUAGUCCAUUACCCGGGCUAGGACAAGGCUAUAUGUGCAACGAAAUAGGUAAUUGGUAUUAUGAUAUUUCUAGUCCACCCAUGCAAUUAAAUGUAUGUAAAAUUUAAUUGGUGUAACACUGUCCAGCCAUUUCAGUUUGAUCCCAGAGACCUUGCAGUGUAACUCAAUUGGAGGAGUUAAUAAAGGCUAAUGGAAGUUAUAGAUGCGUGAUCC